AUGUCAGACGUGACAGUGGACAGCAACUCCGAGAUCACCACCAAGGACUUGAAGGAGAAGAAGGAAGUUGUGGAGGAGGCAGAGAAUGGAAGAGAUGUACCUGCCAAUGGGAACGCUCAAAAUGAGGAAAAUGGGGAGCAGGAGGCUGACAAUGAGGUAGAAGAAGAGCAAGAAGGCAGGGAGGAAGAGGAGGAGGAGGAAGAAGGUGACGGUGAGGAAGAGGACGGAGAUGAAGAUGAGGAAGCUGAGGCUCCACGGGAAAGUGGAUAGUUGAGGAUGGCGAGG